CGCCAUUUGAAAUAUUUGAACUUCCUUGUGACAACUUCCAAUGUACAUUUUGGUGUACACUGAAAGAUAAUCAGAGGGUCUUGGCGAAUAGUUGUAGAUUUUAGCGUGUCGUGUACGUUCGGCCUCCAGUGUCUUGCUCAUUUCUCGCUCGAUUGGAACAAAACGUGUCGAAAACUGUGCGAAUGGUGCGCGGAUUCCAAACGUGUUCAUCAACGGAACGCGGUAAAGUUUGUGCAUGAGUUGAACGCUGGUUGCGGAUAAGGAGAGGCGAAGGAAAGGCCUGUGAAGCCUUGGCUUUUGUCUUGUGCUAGUCAUGGCCGGAAAUUUCGAUUCAGAGGACCGGGGGAGCUGGUAUUGGGGGAGAUUAAGCCGACAGGAGGCGGUUUCGCUGCUCCAAGGGCAGAGGCACGGGGUCUUCCUGGUGCGGGACUCGAUCACUAUUCCCGGGGACUACGUGUUGUCUGUUUCGGAGAACUCCAAAGUCUCUCAUUACAUAAUAAACAGCAUCAGCAGCAAUCGCCAGUCCGGACCAGGACUCGCUCCUCCUCGGUUCCGCAUUGGAGAUCAGGAAUUCGAUGCCUUACCUGCCCUGUUGGAGUUCUACAAGAUCCAUUACCUGGAUACCACCACUCUCAUAGAGCCCAUUAGCAAAUCCAAGCACUCUUCCUUCAUUAGUGUCAAUGCAGGAACAGGAGCAGCUCCACAGAGGCUGGAGGAGGAGCACGUCCGUGCCCUGUUUGACUUCCCAGGCAACGACGAUGAGGAUCUUCCGUUUCGAAAGGGUGAUGUUCUACGAGUCCUGGAGAAGCCAGAGGAGCAGUGGUGGAAUGCUCAGAAUUCAGAAGGCCGUGUCGGGAUGAUCCCUGUGCCCUAUGUGGAGAAGUACCGGCCAGCCUCGCCAACAUCAGGGGCCCCUGGAAGUGGAUCUGUCGGAGGACCAGGUGCUCACGGCAACUCUGAUGGCCACUGUUCUCAGUCCCCCCCUCUGCUUGGUGAGCCAGGCCAGUAUGCUCAGCCCACAUCCUUACCCAACCUUCAGAAUGGUCCAGUGUUUGCCAGGGCGAUUCAGAAGAGAGUUCCCAAUGCCUAUGACAAGACUGCUCUCGCUUUAGAGGUCGGAGACAUGGUGAAGGUGACCAAGAUCAAUGUAAACGGGCAGUGGGAGGGUGAGUGCAAGGGAAAGCAUGGCCAUUUUCCCUUUACCCACGUCCGCUUGCUGGACCAGCACAAUCCAGAGGACGAACUGAGCUGAGAGAGCAGACUGUCUUCCCUAGCAGCCCUUCGAUGUACACACACACUCCAGUUCCUCACAAGUCCUCACAACUGCCCCUCUGCGAGCUCCUUUACCUCCCCGCCUUUGUCAUUACCUUGUGCCAUUGUGUCUGUCUUGCCAACAUACACAGUAUCUGCAACAAUUCACUUGUUAGAUUUUAUGCUAUAAUUGAAGUUAUUUGCUGGGUAAACACUACAAGUCCACAUGCAACACCAUACACUACAGAGAGAGGAGUGUUGUUAGUGUGUGGCCUCUUGUGAACUAAUAAGAAAAGAGGAGAUGCCUGCUUGGACUUAAAAUGUGAGAAGAUUGGUGUCUUAACAAGGGACUGUUCCUUUGCUUAUUUGAAUGCAGUUGCUUACACUACUUAUAUAACAGCUUUCAGGAUUGACAACAAGCCCUCUUCCACACUACAAAUCAUAUACUACAUGAAAAUAUUCAGUGUCUGAAAAACAACUGCAGAUCAAACAUGCUAAUGUUUACCAUUCCGAUCAGUACAGUCUUCUUGAUUGGCUUGUCAUUACUGGCUCACCGCUUGUCAACUGUAUCAUGAAGCGGUUCCUACUGGGCGGUACACUGAGCAAAAAUGAGCAGAUUGAGAAGCCUGAGCCUUCACCGCAUUAAGUUUUAUGUAUGCACAACCAUUUCUGAUGAAUACAGGAUGGGCCACGGGUCGGUUGGACACAUGGUCUCUCAUGCAUCAUCAUUUUUUAGUACCGCUAAGUAACUUAGAGUUUUACUACAUUUUCAUUAUCUAUUAUCGGGAAAUGCUACUUGCUCACCAUUAUUGCUGUACUUGGAAUUAUUACACUAAAUGCAGAUUUGUUGAAUGUGUAACCCUAAUUUCUUAUGCUAGUUUCAGCUGUUGAUCUUUACAAAAAGUAAAUUUAAGACAAGAUGGAUAGGAAUUUUUGUUUUUAAAUUUCAUCCUCUCAAUUUAACUAAUGCAUUUUUGACAAAACAUCCCUUGUCAAGUUUAAAUAUACAGUAAGUGGUUCAUUUAGCAACUCUCAACCCCCCUAACUACUGUUAGAUAUUGACAUUUUAUGAAGUGUCACAUUAAUCUGAGAUGCCUAACCUGAUACCUCAAAUGUAUCUUGCUCAAAACUGACUUUGCACAGACAAGAAGACUUUAUCUACAAUUGACUUAAUGUAUCUGUAACCUGGCUAGAUAUUUUGUUUAGACAUCAAACUCCAAGCCUUUUAUUUCUGAAUUGAUGUAGAUUGAGAAAGGAUAUUUUCUCCUGUAAUGCCCAAAUAUGUAUGUACCAAGUCAAAUGCAGAUGUUGUUUUCCUAAUUAGCUGCCUGCCUUAAUUGCAAAUUGUUGGCAAUGACCAAAUCUGCAAUGUUUUUAACCUAAUUGGUUAGAAAAUACAAAAAGGGGAGAAAGAGUUGUAGAACCGGCAGAAACUUUUUGUUUUUAACUGUUGUAACCUACUUCCAUUACUAUUGCUCAUAGGGAAUAGAACUUGAAUGUCUGUGGACAAAUAUAUAAGUCGUUAAGUUGAAACACUAAUAGACAGGCUACCAGAACAACACUAUGAAAUAUUAAUGUUUUUACCCUUUACCUUUUAUAUGUUGUUGCUUUUUAAAAAGUUGACUAACUUUGUUCAGUAACAUUGACAAUCACCUGGAAAUUCUUCUCGCUUUUGUUAUGUCACACCUAAAUGUUAGAAACCUAAGUCGUGUGUGUGUGUGUAGGUUAGCUAUAUGUUGCCAUGAUGUGACAGCAAGCCAGCCAUGUUAUGUAAUUGUCACUUAAGUCAUAAUUAUGAAGGACUUUGAUGUUCAUUACCUGUCUUAUUAACUGUCUAAGUCUCUAUUAUGUUUCAAUCAGAAUUGCCCAUUUUCAAACAAGAUCACUAAAAUCAGUCACAAAGGAAAGCUGGUGUUGGAGUCUUAUAAGUCUCUACUGUUCUGUGAGACUGAGCAUCACUUUGAGCUAUGACUGGGUUAACAGUAAUCACAAUUUGUGUCUACAUUUUAAUUGUACCCAAAGUAUUAUGUUUAGAACCUAAAUAUCAACACAGUAAUUUUGUGAAAUUAAUCUUGUGUUAUCCUAUAUGUUCAUCCAAGUCUGUCAGAACAGUGUUUAAGUCAUACACAAAAACCCUUCGUUUGUGUUACAGUUUUAUUCCUGUACAUGAAAUAAAGUUGACCCUUAUAGUAA